CGCUGUCUUCUGCUGGCAAGAUGUGUGACAUAUUCACAAGACAAGAUGCAAUGUCAUUGUUGCAGGGAAAUUACAUACUCAUGCUAGGGGACUCGAAUAUGAGAUCUUUGUACAAAGACUUAAUUUGGCUGUUGGAAACCAACACACUGAUUGAAUCUCAUCAACUUCGAACAAAGAUGGAAAAAAGCUUUCUUGGUGACAAACGGACAGCUGGUGAUAAGUUACAUAAAGCAAGAAAUUUCACAGAAACAAGAGUGUAUGAGAACCACAAUGUACGUGUGAAAUACAGUUUUUUAACAAAGUGCUACUCAGAAGAAGUCAAAAAUAUGCUUGGAGCCAUCAAAUCUGGAGCAUCAUAUUGUCCUGAUGUAGUAGUUGUGAAUUCUUGCUUGUGGGACAUAUCACGAUGGGGACCCAAUGGUGUUCCUGAGUACAAAGACAACAUGGUGAAGCUAAUGAGACUCUUCAAGUCAUGCCUUCCAAAACAAACUUGUGUUAUAUGGAUGACAACACUGCCAAUAUCGGCAUCGUGUAGGGGUGGAUUCCUCAUAAAACAGGUUGAAUUUCUACGUCACACCAUGCGAUUUGAAGUAAUGGAAGCAAAUAUGUAUGCUCGUGAUGUUGUUGCCUCAUUUGGGUUUGAUGUACUAGACGUACAUUAUUACAUGCGAAUGCAAAUACACAGGAGAUCAAGUGAUGGUGUCCACUGGCUUCCCUCAGCAAUGAGGCAUAUAACUAAUCUAUUAUUAACACAUAUUGACUUCUCCAAAUGCCAAAAAAUGGCAUAAGAAGGCUUAC